GGGCAGGUGCACAAGAAUUUGGGGAAUAGUCUUCAGGAGGAAGGUACUGAGCCUCUGAAACCAAGAGACGUAUCGGUGGAAAAGAGCCGUCUUCUCUGGUAUUACAAACAAGCAGCAAGACUAGAGAGUCAGCAAGCCCCAGGUAGUGAGGGGGGACACGAUCCAAUGGAGGGUGUGGUUGAAGCACAUCUCUGUUGGGAAGGUAACUUAGUUAGGGAUGAACCCCGAAACCAUGAUUGUGAGAGACUAGAAACACGUGCCAAUGAAGAAGGAAACUUUGGACAGAGAUCAGUUCUUCUAAAAUGCCAAAGAAUGCACACAGGAGUGAAACGAUACAAGUGCUCAGAGUGUGGCAAGAGCUUCAGUCGAAGCACCAACCUUCUGGUCCAUGAAAGGACCCACACAGGAGAGAAACCAUACGAGUGCACAGACUGCGGGAGAAGCUUCACCCACAGCUCCAAUCUCAGGGCUCAUGAGAAAAUCCACGCAGGAGACAAACCAUAUGUAUGCACAGACUGUGGGUUGACUUUCUACCACAGCUCAAGCCUUACAGCCCAUGAGAGAAUCCACACUGGGGAGAACGUGUACAGAUGCCCACACUGUGAGAAAGUCUUCACCCGUAGCUCUGUCUUUCGGAAACAUGUAAGGAUCCACACAGGAGAGAAACCUUUCAAAUGUUCUGACUGUGGGAAAAGCUUCUCGCAGAGGUGCAAUCUUAUUAUACAUGAGAAGACUCACACAGGAGAGAAACCCUUUAAGUGCUCUGACUGCUGGAGGAGCUUCAGUCGAAAAUGUGACCUCAUGGCGCACCAGAGAAUCCACACAGAGGAAGACCCGUAUAAAUGUUCUCAUUGUGGGAAGAGCUUCUCUCAGAAGUCCAACCUGGUGAUACACGAGAGAAUCCACACAGACGAGAAUCCAUAUCUGUGCUCACACUGUGGGAAACGCUUCCGUCAGAAGGGAAACCUUGUGAUCCACAUGCGGAUCCACACAGGAGAGAAGCCAUAUCAGUGCAUGGACUGUGGGAAGAGGUUCAGUCAAAAGGGCAGCCUCACAUCACAUGAGAGAACUCACUCGAAGGAGAAAAUAACUAUUUAAUAGU